UUUCCCAGGAGUUUUCUGUGAUGGUGUUUUGAUAGUAUUUCCGUGAAAAUCAAGUGUUUUUCAGCUCACAAUCUGUCUCAGAAUGAUCUUGAGAAGAUUCUCUUCAGCUUCUGCAAAGCCUUUCUUCGUAUCAACGCCGAUUUUCUACGUAAAUGCCGCUCCUCACAUUGGUCAUCUCUACUCUGCCGUGAUCACUGAUGCGAUAUUUCGCUUUGAGAACCUCCUGAGACCGAAUCCUGAGAACCUCUUCACCACCGGUACGGAUGAACAUGGCACGAAGAUUCAGCAAGCAGCUGCCCAGAAGUCCAUCCCGGUGGAAGAGUACUGCAAGACAGUGUCUGGAAGGUACAAAAGCCUUUUCGGCGAGAUGGGUGUGAACUACACGGAUUUUAUAAGAACUUCCGAGAAGAGGCAUUUUUCUGCAGUGGAGAAAUUCUGGUUAGAACUGAAGAAGAGGGAUUGGAUCUACACGAAAAACUAUUCAGGAUGGUAUUGCGUGUCCGACGAGACCUUUCUCACUGAGAGUCAGCUGAAGGAGGACGGAAAGGGUGGGAAAGUGUCGCUGGAAUCUGGUCAUCCGACUGAGUGGACGGAAGAACUGAAUUACAUGUUCAAACUGGGACUGUUUCAGCAGGAAGUCGUGCGAUGGGCUGCUAAGGAAGAUUCUGUGCGCCCCCGGAAGUUCCAGAAGAUCCUAUUGGACAGUCUGGAAGAUGAUCUGCCGGAUAUUUCAGUGUCCAGACCUUCUUCUCGUGUGCACUGGGCAAUUCCAGUGCCCGGAGACUCAUCGCAAACCAUCUACGUGUGGCUGGAUGCUCUUGUGAACUACUUGACGUGCUCUGGUUAUCCGGAGAUGAUGGGUAAAUGGCCGCCGGAUGUUCAGGUGAUUGGGAAGGACAUUCUGAAGUUCCAUGGAAUCUACUGGCCUGCAUUUCUGAUUGCAAACGAUCUGGAACCGCCCAGGAGUUUAUUCGUUCACUCGCACUGGACUGUGGAUGACCAGAAGAUGUCCAAGAGCAGAGGAAAUGUGGUGGAUCCCAUGGAGAGAGCCUCUGUGUAUACUUCUGAGGGACUGAGAUACUUCCUGCUGAGAGAAGGAGUGGCGCACAGCGACGGAAAUUACAGUGAUGUGAAGAUCUUCAGAUACCUAAAUGCAGAACUUGCAGACACUCUGGGGAAUCUUUUGUCCAGAUGCUGUGCUAAAUCCUUGAAUCCUCAGCAGAUCUGGCCAGCAUUUGAUGCGGAAAUACUUGAAGAAUUACUAAAAAUUGACGCUACGAAGAAACUAAUCGAGUGUCUUGAGGCUCUGCCUGAGAAAUGCUUUUCUCACUAUCAAGAGGGCAGUUUUCAUCUGGUGGUGGAUUCUGUGAUGACUACUCUUCACUCUGGAAACAACUUCUUCGAGACAAUGCGUCCGUGGGAGCUGAAAAAAGGCACAGAAGAGCAAAAGAAGCGACUGGAGGCGAUUCUCUGUCUGACAAUGGAAGCUCUUCGCAUCACAGCGAUUAUCUUGCAGCCAAUCAUUCCCAAGAUGAUGGGAAGUCUUCUGGACAAACUCUCCGUAGAUUGUGAGCAAAGAUUGUGGCAGAAUUCUCAAGGAUUCCUCUGGAAGUGUGGAUCGAAAGGGAAGACGAAGCUCUCGGAUGAAUCUUCAGUGCUCUUCAGGAGACUUCAGUCCGAGAAAGGGAAGCAAGUCGCCACUCAAUAGAAUAUUUAAAUUUAUUUUCUUAAAUAAAGUGAAGCAAAGAUUGUUUUAAAA